UAAAUCGGUCUGUAUGUUCUAAAAAAAUGGUUUUUAAGUGUUAUAAUAUAUCAAUAUACCCUUUUAUAAGCACCGGAGACUAAAGCGGGGUGUUAUAUCAUAUUAUAUAGUUUGACGUGACUGUCAGUCCGUGGUAUCAUAGCUCGUCAAAGAAUUGAGUGAUUUUAAUUUAGUUGGAUUUGCAUAGAUGAACUAGGUGGUCUAGAUGCGAUUAGUCUUAAGACAUAUUUGUAGGCGUAAGACGGUGCCCCGCAGUCGGUGCGUGUUGAAAUGCUAUGCAUGCCCGCGCACCUACUAAAUACGGGGACGCUGUACGGCGGUUAAGGCGUAAGGCAGAAUAACUGAAAUGAAUCUGGGGACCUAAAUGAAAGCGCACUGACAUAGAAUAUUGAGGACAUAAUUAAUUUCAGAGAGUUCUUAGCUUCAUUUAAUGUAGAGUUAAUGCCUUUGUAUAAUUUAAUUUAAUGACAGUGGUGAGUUAUUGGUUAUUGUAGGGUUUUUUUUUAAUUUAAAAAUCAGGUUUUGUUCCUUUUAUAGUCUGUGCGAUUUACGAACGAACUGAAGUCAAACGGCAUGUGUGAGUGCACUCUAAGUCAAUGGUGCACUGAGUGCACUGUGCAGUGAGUGCCCAAAACACUGGCCUGUGCAAGCCAGUCAGUUGUUACCGUUAUUGGAUAUCUUGGCCGUAAACUAUCUUGAAGAUUGUCUUGUUUUUAUUAAUAUAUUAUCUAAAACAAGCUCUACAAUAAUUGGCAUAUCGGCACUCAGUAACAGGAAUUUUAUUGGAGACGCAUUUGUUUUAUAAUUUUGAUCAAGUGCAUCAUUUUGAUGAACUCUUUUCACAACUAAGAAGAGCUGCACUGAUAAGUCCAUGAGCAGUAACAGUGAACAAAAUGGCCGCCAGCCACCUUUAUCGCAUCAAGCAGCACCACCAUCAGAAUCUCAGAUGAAGAAUGCUUCAUCAUCAGACCAACAGACUAAAAUAUGCCGUGACUAUGUCUGGGGCAUUUGUGGUAAAGGCACCCAGUGCAAAUUUCGCCAUGAAUUUGAUGUCGAUUUGAUGAAAAACAUUUUGAAGUUCUGCCACGAUCACCAGAACAGAACUGGAUGCACAAGACCAGAUUGCACAUACUUACAUACAACAAGAGAGGAGGAGAAUCUUUUUCUCACUACUGGUCAGAUACCAAGAGCUCUUGCUGAAAGGCACGCUGCAAUGUUUUCAGCACCAGUAAACAUGUUUGUCAAUGAAUACAUGGGGCAAGCUUCACUACCUCCUCCGCCGCCACCCCCGCCACAGCCCGCAGCCACGCCUGUAGUUGCGCCACCUUGUGCGACUGCUGCUCCGCCACCCCCGCAUCAUUACGCGGCCACUCAGCCGCCGCCGCCUCCUGCGCCCUUGAGGCCUCUGCUAGCUCCUCCGCCACCGCCGCCACCACCACCACCGCCUCCGCCACUGCCGACCACUUCAACUGUACCUGAGCAAGGAACUCCUGCAUUCACAGGUAUUUAUUUAAAAUAAUUAUGUAUUAUGUUCAAAAUGUAUUAAUUUCGAAAACACCUGAGAUGGUUUACCUAUUUUUAAGUAC